AUGGACAUGGAGACUGAAUGCACUUCCGGUAGCCGUGCGAACCUCUCGCCUGUCUCUGGGACUUGGCCCAUGAGUCCCAGUGAGAAUGGGCCGAGUCCCAUUGAGACUGGACCUGGCCCGGCCCCGGAGACCGAGUUCUCCCCCGGGGAUCUGACCGACUGGUACCCGCGGUACCUGGGCUGUGUGCGCUUCUUCCUGGCCCAGAGCCAGCACACGCCCGCUGUCCAGUCGCUGGCGGCCUUUCUCAACAUCCGACUCCCGUGUCAGCGCCUUUCUGCCUCAGCCGCAAGCCCAGGAGACGCGUCGGGUGUCUCGCCAAGACCGUACAUCCGCCGUCUGAUCGUCACCGGCCAGGAUACCCCGUCGAAUCUGCAGAUGUUCUUCGGGGAUGAUUGGGCGGCAGGGGUGGGGUGUCUCUGUAAGCAGGAGCGGCUGAACUACCUCUUCGCGGCCAAGAGUGGCGGAUGGGCAUCGACGAAGACGGCGUAUGAUAUUCUUCCCGACGAGCAGACGCCGUUCCUACGACCGCUGCGCGAGCCUACGGAGGAGGAGCUGCGGGUUGCUGAUUCGCGGUGGAGCGAGUGGUUGGCGAUGGAGGAUUGGAUGUUGGGGCCGCGGAGGCCCUGGUAG